UAUUUUCCUAGAAUAGAAUACGACACAGAGAUUGACUACGAACAGUGGUCAGAUUUUUAUUGUCAGUUGUCUUGUCCGUAAGUCAAAACAUUACUCCCAUCUAGAAGAAUGUGGGGUAUAUUUUAGACAGGUGCCGCUAAGAUAUUUCCAGCUAUUCCCAUGAUAACGCGUGUUCAGCAUUGACAUCGUUGUUGCAAACAGUUACGUUAGCGGCCCACACUGUGCACUUUUAAGCAUUCCCUUGGACAAACCGUAUUUUACUUUCACAACGUAUUCCAAGGAAUAUAUGUUAUUCGUCGCUACAGACACUACACUUAUUGGUUUAAUAUUGUUUGCUAAGUCGUAAAAGGGUUGAAAUAAAAUGAAAAAAUCUACACAAUGAGUUGGGAAGUAAGGCUAUAUUGAAUAUGGUAAAAAAACUAACGAAAGAAAAGGAAAAAUAAAACCAAGUGGAUAAUAUGGGCCUCAACUCAAAUCGUUUGCCGAGAAGAGAAAGACAAAAUGUUCACGCCGAUUACGCAUCAAGGAUGUCAAAACCAGUCUCGGGACAAGCGGAAAAUUCGCUUCAUAAAAGUAAAUCAACAACGCACCUAAAAGGGGGAAAUACGGAUUCUGAGUCGAACCAAAAGCGACAUCGAACGCUUCGGGAUUUUUUUAAUUUUCGACGAUCAAGGAAGCAAACUUAUCAUGAACGACAACUCACGACUGUGAAUAAAGAUAAUGCGGAUCCAUCCCCAGAUAAUUCGAAUAAUUGUACAACAACCGCUAUAAACUCGACUAAAGACUUUUCUGAGAAUCCUGAAAUUGUUGAACAACCGCAAGCUGCUAAUUCAAGUCACGUCGAUAAACUUGAAUGCGAAUCCAGGAAUCCAAUGGUGUCUACAGCUCUGUACAACAGGAGAUUUAAUCAUUUUGAAAUGGCGAAAAGACAUUCCCUGGCUGCCAAUUUUUUAUCCAAGAAUCUAUCCUGGAAUUCUACUGACGAUCAGGAAUAUUUUACAUCUAUGGUUUCAUUGCCGGGACAAGACAAAACAUUAGCAGAAAAAUAUAAUCACGUUGCGACACAAAAUAAUAAUAAUAACGAAUCUAUUUUACACUUGAAAUUCAAUGAAAAGACAGAACAAACGUCAGUGAUUGGUACUCCUGUUGUUUCACGACGAUACGAUCGUUUAAGCUUGAAUUUAAAUAAUAAAAAGACAGAUAUAAAUAAACUGAAAAGAAAUGCAAGCGACGUAUCUCCAUACUUACAAAGACACGGUAUACAUGGACUACCGGGGCCCGAGGAGGAAGAGAUGAACUUUAAAGGAAGAACUGGUCUCUCACGAUCUCAAAGUAUGUUCAGACCAACCAAACCAACAACCCCCAAACCACUCAAGGAUGCGGCAUCUCUGAGUGAUAGCCAAUUUCGUUUAUUUUGUCAACCGGUUAUUCGUCGCACAUCAAUCGAGCACGGACGACCUGGUGUUACAGUAUCAGAGAGCAUGUGUGAUUUGCGACCACCGAAAGUUGUGACAUGGAAACGUCAUUCAGUAGCUCCUGUCAAUGAGGACAUUUACGAAGGUUUGAUUUCAUCUGAAUUCACGAAAUCUCUUGGAAUGUUGAAAAGUCACGCAAAAAAAGGGUCAGGACCAAUGUCGGAAUUAGAUCAUGCCAGAACUGCUUCGGAUCGCCCAGUACAACUAUUCAACAAGCGUAAGAACUCAAGAAGAAAUUCGAAUCUGUCUUUAGCGAACAUCUCAACAUCUUCCAAAAAUUUGAUUGAAGACGAACUAUUAUUGAAAUCAAAUAACAUUCUGGAAAAUAGUACGUUUACAAAAAUGUAUGAAAAUUCAGAACACGAUCUUGGGAAUGAAGCUCCUCGACCAUUCAACGUUAGAAGUGAUCAAAUGCGGCCGCGUGAUCACCAAACCCAACCAAAUUUCAGACACCGCGUAAUGUCAGCGAGUUAUUGCUACGACGAAAGCGUUGAGAAUUAUAUAGUUGGAAACGGCAUCAACCAUGCAUCAGAUUCUCUUGAGUCAUUAGAUUUUAGCACUUCAUUGAGCAUACCUACUGAUUUAGAUCGAAUGCAUUGGGAGAAUAAACGUUUGGAAAUGUCACGAAAUGCAGGUGCAUUGUGGGAGAAUGAUUAUUCAACAUCUUAUCACAUCAUGGAUAUCGCUGAUAUUUUUGAAAGAGAAAGAGAUGAAAAGAUUUUGGCAAAUCUUUCUGGUAGCGUUGUUUCGUCUUACGCUGAAGCAUUAUGGGAUCACGUGACUAUGGAUGAAGAAGAACUUUCGUUUCGGGUCGGUGACGUCAUCUUAGUGAAAAGCAUGGAAGAUCCAGUAUGGUGGUGGGGAGAACUUGAUGAUGCUGAAGGGUGGCUGCCCGCGUCCUUCGUAAGGGUCAUCGUUAACCAGUCAUGGCCUUUAUCAAUGGACGAUCAAGAGAUCGAACGUCCAAAUAUCAGAGACUCGGCGACGUGUAGUGUGGACACGAUUGAUGGGCAAACAACAAAUAUGAAGACAAUCCCAGACAUACAAACAAAAACAGCAGGAUCUGUUAAUUUAACGACUUUAAAUAAAAUGCGAAGUAACGUUGUGAAGGAAAUAUUAAAUUCUGAGCGGGAUUUUUUGAAACAUUUGAGAGACAUCGUCGAGGGAUAUUUAGAAAGAUGCAGAAAAAGGAUGGAUAUGUUUUCAUCGGACUUUAUUCUUACUGUCUUCAGUAACAUCGAAGAUAUUUACAAAUUUCAAGGACAAUUCUUCAAACAACUUCAGAAAUCAUUCCAAUCUGAAUCUCCUCAUGAAAGUGAUAUUGGAUCAGUAUUUCUUCAAUAUAAAAAACAGUUUGAAAUAUAUUCUGAAUAUUGUAAUAAUCACCCAUCAGCGACUUCCAAACUAGCCGAAGCAAUGCAAUCGAAAAAAUGCCGAUAUUUUUUCGAAGCUUGUAGAUUAUUGCAACAAAUGAUCGAUAUAUCCAUUGACGGAUAUUUACUAACUCCAGUUCAGAAAAUAUGCAAAUACCCACUUCAGCUGGCUGAGUUAUUAAAAUAUACAAAUUCGGAUGAUCCAAACUACAAAAAUGUGGAAAAGGCAUUGGAAGCGAUGCAGGACGUCGCAAGAAUGAUAAAUGAACGAAAACGUCAGGUUGAAAAUAUUGAAAAGAUAACUUCGUGGCAGAAGAAUAUCAUUGAUUGGCAGGAUGCCGAUGUUUUAGAUCGAAGUACAGAAUUAAUUUAUUCGAACGAACUUUAUGUUCUCACUCUUCACAAAGCGAAACCGCAACUCAGGGUCGGAUUUUUAUUCGAUGGACAAUUUGUUAUUUGCAAAAAGGAUUUGUUACGAAAAGAUCUUUUGUACUAUAAAACUCGACUGGAUUUGAGUAAGUUCGCCAUUGUCGAUUCAGAUGAAGUUUCGAAUGAUGAUCUUGCAAUUCAACUGGUAUCCGGUACGAAUUUAAAACAUUGGUGGCAAAUGAAAUCAACCGAUUCUUCUGAACAAAUUAUUUGUCUAUGCAAAAAAGAAGAAGGAAAGAAAAGAUGGAUCAAAGAAUUCAACAAAGAAAGAACAAUGUCUGAAAUAAUUAAUGAACAUCGAUACGUUGUAUCGAAAGAAAUCAAGCGGAAAAUUGUGGAAAAUGCAACUUUACGUUGCCAGAAGCAAGGAAACGAAACUCUCAGAAAACAAACUUACACCAAACGUUGGAAACGCAGUUGGACAAAACAUUAUUUAGAUCGAAAUAGAAAUUUUAACACAAUCCUCAGUGGAUUUUCUUAAAUAUCACUUCAAAAGUCAUGUGGUAUUUGAAGUCGUGUUACUUUUAUCAUUCGAGCGUAUUCUCAGGAAUGAGUAAAUACCAUUUUACGAAAGGGUAAUUGUAAUUUUUCAUUGUAGAACAGAUGAUAAAAUUCAAACUGAAUUAAAUAGUUAAUACCAGAAGGGAGUUUGCACAGUUGAAACACAUAAUAAGUUCUUUCUCUAUAGUUCUACGUGUUCUUUAUUGGAUUCUUGUGUUGACCAAUCGUAGUAUGGACAUUCCAAGUUUAUAAUAUAUAACAAAACGAUUAUUUUACUGAGUUUUACCAUUCUUUGACAAUUUUUACAUUUUUAUUAAUCUUAUAUUUGUGUAUAUUAUACUGUUCAUUUUAGAUAAAAUGUCGUAAAAAAAUG